AUGGAUAAAAUUCAAUUAAUGACACAACCUGAAAAACCUUCUGCGUCUGAGGCGCCUCAAGAGAGGACAUUGCAAAAAUUAAAGGAUCUUGUUUCUGAGUACCUGCCUGAUGCUAAAGACGAAGAGCAAGAGGCGGAGAACAAGGAGAAGACGGAGGAGGAGGAGAAAGGAAAAGACAAAGAAGGCAAUGGUAACAAGAUUAAUGGUUUGAGUAAGCGUGAAGACGGGCAACCGGUCGACAAAGUCACUCAAGGCAGUGCUGAUGCUAAGGAAGGUUCUGAACAGACACAAGAAAAGGAGGAUGAGAAAGAGCGAGAGGAUGAUGCAGUUGAAUACGAUGAAGAUGGGUUUGAGAUUCCACAGGGUAAAAUCCCGCUAGACGGGCAUUUUUCUACCAGUGAGAUCAAAGAAUUGGUCAAAUUAUCCAAGGAGGAAGGUAUUUUGAAGGAGGACAUUAAUAUUAAGGUACUCGAGUCGAACGAAGCGAUUGGAGACAAGGUAGUUAUAUCAGAAGAACCGGAUAAAGAUAAGAAAAAUAAAGAUAAAGAAGAUGAAGAUAAAGAAGGUAAAGAAGAUGAAGAUAAGUCGAAGGUAGAUAGAAACGAGAAGAAAAAUGAGGAGAAUGAGAAGAGCUACAAAGAUAAGAGCGCUGAUAACUCUAUUGAUCCGAAGGAUAAGGCAAAACAAUAUCAAAACAAAGGCGAAUCAGAAUAA